GAAUUGUAGGAAUUGUAUUUGCGCUUGACUGUUGUGUUGUUAUGUUCACGUUUUUCCAUGUUGCGUGUUCUCGUGACUAAUAUUGCCGCUUAAUCAAAAUAAUAACAAAACUGUUAUCAUGGUGCCGAGUUGCACAAUGGAACUUGAUAAGAUGAUGAGUGAAUUAGAAAUGAGCGAACUGGAGGCUCCGAAUGGAAUUGUAUCUGCAGAAGUUUACGCGCGAUUGUUGGCUGUCUAUCUUCAUCAAAAUGAUCUAUGCCAGGCAAAAUAUCUCUGGAAACGAAUUCCGGCAGAUUUGAAAGCUGAGAAUGAGGAGCUCAAACGAAUAUGGACAGUAGGACAACACAUGUGGCAACGUAAUUGGCCCGAGAUGCAUGCAGCCCUCAAUAUAGAAUGGACCAUAGAUGUUAGAGAUAUUAUGGCAGCUCUUAAAGAUAAAAUACGAGAACGAAUUAUGAGGUUAAUAUCGAAGGCGUAUUCCUCGCUGAAUUUGUCAGCUAUGGCGACAAUGACUGGAAUGUCAUUAGCUGAUGCGCGACAGGCUGCCAUUGAUAAGGGUUGGAACGUUGAGGAUACCUUGGACGCUGCUAUAGUGCUACCAUGGAAAAAACUUGAGGAACUUGAGUACAAUCAGACCGACAAGAUAUGUCUGACGGAGGAACAGCUGCAGAAACUAACGCAAUUCGUGUCUUUCCUGGAAAACUGAGAGAGCUUCGUCAUUUUUUCGUCCCUAAUAUGUAAAUUUGAAAUCACCGCGCGAUCUCGAUGAUGGACUUAAAAGCUUUCACAAUCUCACCUCGUAAUCCUAUUAUAUAAAAGAGGAAGUGCGCGCCAAAGGUAGCAUCAUCGGUGUUCGUGUUCGUAAAAUAAGCAUACCUCAUGAGAAAAAGAGAGAGAAUGAACGAGAGUGACAGAGAUAGAGACAGAGAGCUACCUACGCGAUUUGUCCGUCCGAUCGGAAGGAUAAUUCAAUGAAGCUUCUCGCAAGCAUGGAGUCAACAACUAUAUUAAUCGAUAAUCAGCUGUGCGUGCGAGAGGGCGGACUGGCAUUUGCAGAACGGGAUCUUCCGAGAGGAUCUCCUCUCCUCUCCGCCCCGUCCAUCCUCUUGCUCUCCUACCCGAUGUGGAUCCCCUGAAAAUACACACCGUUCGCAACCGUUCGCAUCGCUGUAAUUAUCAAAGUGGAUCGCCGCAGUAAGAAUCGCGCAAGUAGCCAUUAACGUUCCUCGCGACGACGACGACGACGUGCCUUUCUGGACACGUGCGUAACGCGCAGAGAAUCUCACGCCUGAUUUUUCGUGAUAUCGAGAAAGGAAAGAGGAAAAGGACCGGAACUGUUUCAAGCGUGCUCUUCGCUGGAUUUUGAUAAAGUGUGUUAUAACAGCAA